GUCGCUCCUGAUACUUCCUCCUGGGCCGCUGCUGCCGACUUAAACUUUGGAGGGGGAAAAAAGAGCCACCCGCGCCGUGCGACCCUCCCUUGACCCCCACCCCUCCCCGCCUCCGGUAACGCCCCCUUCCCCGCGGCCCCCGACCGAACUUUUCUCCAACUCCACGUCCCGUGAGAUUCCCUCCUUUCUAUCCCGGCCCUGGGGACCCCUCUGCCCAUCCCUGGGCCGGUCGGUGGGAUCCCUAAGAUCCCCUCGAUCCUCAACUUUGAGGCUUCUGCUCUUUACUCCAAGGUAGUGAAUCCCUGGGGUCCCUUCUUAGUGAGAUCCUGGCCUUAGAGCCACUGGAUCCGGAGAUUCCCUCCUACUCCCCUCUCUACCUCUUCUUUCUCCAAGGAGGCGUUGGAUGGCGGAAUCUCUUGAUCCGCCCUGACCGAUUAGAUUUUCCUCUCUGAUUUCUUGGAACCUUUCAAUCUCUGGGUCCCGCAAACCACCCCUUUUCUUCUUUCUCAUUUUCUGCGAUCCCUUGAUUCCAAGCGAGUGAUCCACCGAGUGUUUUUUUCCUCUCAUUUCCCAGGAUCCCGCCAUCCUCGGCUCCCUCACUCUGACAGUUACCCCCUCCGGGAUCCCUGCGCUUCCACCAGCUCACUAGAUCCCUCAGAUCUAGGACUUGGGGUCCCCGGGCUCCCCCGGCCGGAUCCCGGGUGGGCGCCGGGCGGCGGGUCCGGGCCUGUCCCCAUGGCCGCCGCCCCCUCCCAUCCCUCCUCUCCUGGGCCGGGGUCUCCUCCGCCCCCCGGCUGCUUGGAGCUUCAGUCGCCGCCACCGCUGCUGCCCCAGGCUCCGGCCCCGGGUUCGGGGGUCUCCUUCCACAUUCAGAUCGGUCUGACCCGCGAGUUCGUGUUGUUGCCCGCCGCCUCCGAGUUGGCCCAUGUGAAGCAGCUGGCGUGUUCAAUCGUGGACCAGAAGUUCCCAGAGUGUGGCUUCUACGGCCUGUAUGACAAGAUCCUGUUGUUCAAACAUGACCCCACGUCCGCCAACCUCCUGCAGCUGGUGCGCUCAGCAGCGGACAUCCAGGAGGGCGACCUGGUGGAGGUGGUGCUGUCAGCCUCAGCUACCUUCGAGGACUUCCAGAUCCGCCCGCACGCGCUCACCGUGCACUCCUACCGCGCGCCGGCCUUCUGCGACCACUGCGGGGAGAUGCUCUUCGGCCUGGUGCGCCAGGGCCUCAAGUGCGAUGGCUGCGGGCUGAACUACCACAAGCGCUGCGCCUUCAACAUCCCCAACAACUGCAGCGGGGCCCGCAAGCGACGCCUGUCAUCCACGUCUCUGGCCAGUGGCCACUCGGUGCGCCUGGGCAGCUCCGAGUCCCUGCCCUGCACGGCUGAAGAGUUGAGCCGUAGCACCACCGACCUCCUGCCUCGCCGCCCGCCCUCGUCUUCUUCCUCCUCAUCUUCUGCCUCAUUCUACACCGGCCGCCCCAUCGAGCUGGACAAGAUGCUGCUCUCCAAGGUCAAGGUGCCGCACACCUUUCUCAUCCACAGCUACACGCGGCCCACCGUUUGCCAGGCUUGCAAGAAACUUCUCAAGGGUCUUUUCCGCCAAGGUCUGCAGUGCAAAGACUGCAAGUUUAACUGUCAUAAACGCUGUGCCACCCGUGUCCCUAAUGACUGUCUGGGGGAGGCACUCAUCAAUGGAGAUGUGCCAAUGGAGGAGGCCACAGAUUUCAGCGAGGCUGACAAGAGCGCCCUCAUGGACGAGUCUGAUGACUCUGGUGUCAUCCCAGGCUCCCACUCCGAGAAUGCCCUCCACCCCAGCGAGGAGGAGGAAGGCGAGGGAGGCAAGGCACAGAGCUCUUUGGGGUACAUCCCUCUGAUGAGGGUGGUGCAGUCUGUGCGACACACGACGCGGAAAUCCAGCACCACGCUGCGCGAGGGUUGGGUGGUUCAUUACAGCAACAAGGACACUCUGAGAAAGCGGCACUAUUGGCGCCUGGACUGCAAGUGCAUCACGCUGUUCCAGAACAACACGACCAAUAGAUACUACAAGGAAAUCCCACUGUCUGAAAUCCUUACAGUGGAGCCCGCCCAGAAUUUCAGCCUUGUGCCACCAGGCACCAACCCGCACUGCUUCGAGAUCAUCACAGCCAGUACUACCUACUUUGUGGGCGAGACACCUGGCGAUGCCCCGGGUGGGCCAAGUGGGCAGGGGGCCGAGGCCGCCCGGGGCUGGGAGACAGCCAUCCGGCAAGCUCUGAUGCCAGUCAUCCUCCAGGAUGCACCCAGCGCCCCUGGCCAUGCACCCCACAGGCAAGCUUCUUUGAGCAUCUCUGUGUCCAACAGUCAGAUCCAAGAGAAUGUGGACAUUGCCACUGUGUACCAGAUCUUCCCAGAUGAGGUGUUGGGCUCAGGACAGUUUGGAGUGGUCUAUGGAGGAAAACACCGGAAGACAGGCAGGGAUGUAGCAGUAAAAGUCAUUGACAAACUGCGGUUCCCCACCAAGCAGGAGAGCCAACUCCGGAAUGAAGUGGCCAUUCUUCAGAGUCUGCGGCACCCCGGGAUCGUGAACCUGGAGUGCAUGUUCGAGACGCCCGAGAAGGUGUUUGUGGUGAUGGAGAAGCUGCACGGGGACAUGCUGGAGAUGAUCCUGUCCAGCGAGAAGGGCCGGCUGCCCGAGCGCCUCACCAAAUUCCUCAUCACGCAGAUCUUGGUGGCUUUGAGACACCUUCACUUCAAGAACAUCGUGCACUGUGACUUGAAACCAGAAAAUGUAUUGCUGGCAUCAGCAGACCCGUUUCCCCAGGUGAAGCUGUGUGACUUCGGCUUUGCACGCAUCAUUGGUGAGAAGUCCUUUCGGCGCUCAGUGGUGGGCACGCCCGCCUACCUGGCGCCCGAGGUGCUGCUCAACCAGGGCUAUAACCGCUCGCUGGACAUGUGGUCGGUGGGUGUGAUCAUGUAUGUUAGCCUCAGUGGUACGUUCCCCUUCAACGAGGACGAGGACAUCAACGACCAGAUCCAGAAUGCCGCCUUCAUGUACCCGGCCAGCCCCUGGAGCCAUAUCUCUGCUGGUGCUGUGGACCUCAUCAACAACCUGCUGCAGGUGAAGAUGCGCAAGCGCUACAGCGUGGACAAGUCCCUCAGCCACUCCUGGCUUCAGGAGUACCAGACGUGGCUGGACCUCCGAGAGCUGGAGAAUAAGAUGGGCGAGCGGUACAUCACGCACGAGAGUGACGACGCGCGCUGGGAGCAGUUCGUGGCGGAACGCCUGCUGCCCGGGACUGGGAUGCGCGUGGAUGCGGAGCUCAGUGGAGCUCGAUUGCCGCAGGACAACGACAUGCAGGGCCUGGCGGAGCGCAUCAGCAUCCUCUGAGGCCCGCGCCCCGCCCAGCUGCUGCCCUGGGGGCGACCCUCCACACCACGCCAGCCGGGAACUGUGUACGGGAAGCGGCUUCCCGCUCUGACUGCGCGGGGCGUGCGGGGGCUGCAGUGCCCCCCCUGCCUGACUCCCCAGCUAUUAAAACGGACUCGUCUCUGGCCCAUGGCCUU